AUGGGCGAACGCCAGCACUUGGCGGCUCUCAUGCCUCCCGCUGCCAUCAAUCUCGACCUGCAUGUCAGCGAUGUCGUUUCCCUACUCCACGCUGAAGACCUAUCCGGGGUCAUUCUGGUCGGUCACGCCUAUGCCGGCAUGGUGAUCACCGGGGUCGCGGAACAGGCCCCUGAGCGCCUGGCAUCUCUCGUUUACGUGAACGCCGUCGCCCCUUCCGACGGCGAGGCCAUGGUUGAUCAGCUUGAAGCCGUUCGCGGCGCCGAAUUCGUUGCCCGUAUCCGGGGGUUCAUCGCUGAAGGGGCACCGUUCAUGCCCGCCCCCUCCACGGCGGAGGAAAUCGCCAGCCGCUGGGCCGUAACUGACCCGGCGGAUCAGGCGUUUAUGCUGCCCCGUCUCUCGCCGCAACCAACUCUCACCUUCGCCCAGCCCGUCCGAACCGGCAAUCCCCGGGCCGCCGGUCUUCGCCGUGAAUUCAUCCUGUGCAGCGAGUCCGGUUUCGAGCCGGUCGCCCGGCGUGCCUCCGCCUCUGGCUGGGGCGUCCACCAUAUCGACACCGGCCAUGAUCCCAUGGUCACCACACCCCAGGAAUUGGCCGGAAUAUUGCUUGCCAUCGCAUCGUCUUGA